UCAAAACCACGACAGCAGCGACGACGACAUUGCACCAAAAUCGCAUUCAAUUCACUCUCAGUAGCAGGAGAGACAUACUGAAAGGACUCGAAUUCGCAACUUUUCCAUUGAUUCCUGUGAAGGAGCCCGCUCAUUCAUACCCUGCAAGACAGAUGAAGGUUGGCGCCCACCUCCCGAUGUUUCCGUUGGACCCUUCCUUCAUCGUUUUCAAAGCCUCGCCGAAGGACGCCCCUGCUCUUAGCGCUGCUAUCAAGGAAGUCAUUACCGCAAUUUCGCAAACUCAACUUUCCAUGUCAAGAUUACUAUAUUCCUUAUUGAAGCUCAUAAAAAUUACAGGGUUUGUAAGAGAAUUUGGUAUAUUACUCUCUUAUCUCUGUUUGAGGCCUUGCUUCUUUGCAGGUAUGAAAGUCAAAUUUACUAAGAUUCUGAAAUUUUGUUUUAGCUCGCUAUUGAUUUUACUCCAAAAUCCAAAUUAGUGAAAAUGAUUGACCACAUUCUAUUGUGGUUGUCUUUUUCAUAGCUUCCAUUCUUUUCCUAAUAGAGACGUCCACUCAACUCUGCCUCGUACUGUAAACCACAACAUCUCUGAAUAAACCAAAAAUCUUCUUAUGUAUGCUCUUACAUCACGACAUGGGAGGAUGAGCUUGAAUUUUUGCGAAAAUAAAUUGUGGUGAGAAUGUAUGUUCUUCUGUAUAUAUGAGAGAGUGCUAAUGGGUAGAAACCGCAACUGGCAUACUAAACUCUUCACUAAACUCAAAGUUGAUGAUAUGGCCUCCCAAUUGCAACUCCAUUUCAUCUUGUUUCCUCUACUAGCCCAAGGCCACAUGAUCCCCAUGAUAGAUAUUGCUCGCUUGCUGGCAAAGCGUGGUGUGAUUGUAACCAUAGUCACUACGCCGCGAAAUGCAGCACGUUUUACAGCAGUUAUUACUCGUGCCAGAGAAUCUGGCCUCCAAAUCAAGUUAGAACAAGUUCACUUUCCAUUUGGAGCUGCAGGAUUACCAGAAGGGUGUGAGAAUCUCGACAUGCUUCCUUCAAAUGAGAUGGCCACCAGUUUCAUGAAUGCACUUUCCUUGCUUCAUUUGCCUGCCGAAAAAUUGCUCCAAGAGCUGACACCUAGGCCAAGCUGCAUAAUCUCUGACAUGUAUCUUCCUUGGACAGUCAAUCUAGCAACCAAGUUCCAUAUUCCAAGAAUUUCUUUCAAUGGGUUUUCUUCCUUUUGUAUCUUGUGCUCGCACAACAUACACAAUUCUAACGUUCUUGACAGCAUAGGUUCUGAAUCUGAAUGCUUUGUCGUGCCUGGCUUCGAGGAACAUGUUGAAUAGUAAUUUACGAAAGCUCAGGUGGGAAUGAUCAUAUGUCCAAAUGACCUAGAAUCUCAAGAGUAUCUUGAUAAAGUACUAGCUGCUGAAAAAGUUAGCUAUGGGAUGAUUAUUAAUACAUUUGAAGAGUUGGAGCCAGCACAUGUCAAAGAGUACAAGAAGGUUAGAGCAGACAAAGCUUGGUCUAUUGGUCCAGUUUCCCUAUACAAUAAAGACACUUUGGAUAAGAUUCAGAGAGGAAACAAGGCUUCAAUGGAUGAACAUGAAUGCUUGAAGUGGCUAGACUUGCAGCAACCGGGAUCUGUAAUUUAUGCUUGCUUUGGAAGCAUUAGUAACCUAACGCCUUCACAAAUGAUAGAGCUUGGAUUAGGCUUAGAGGCAUCGAGAAAACCAUUUAUUUGGGUUUUAAGGGCAGGAGAUCAAUCAAAAGCCUUGGAGAAGUGGAUUUUAGAGUAUGGAUUCGAUGAAAGAAUUAGAGAAAGAGGUCUCUUGAUUAGAGGUUGGGCUCCCCAAGUCUUAAUAUUGUCACACCAAGCAAUUGGAGGAUUCUUAACGCAUUGUGGAUGGAAUUCAACACUCGAGGCAAUUACUAUGGGGGUGCCAAUGGUCACAUGGCCUCUUUUUGGUGACCAAUUUGUCAAUGAAAAGUUAGUUGUGCGAGUGCUAAAUAUUGGAGUUAGUGUUGGUGUAGAGGUCCCUAUACAAUGGGGAGAAGAAGAGAAACUGGGGGUGUUGGUGAAGGAAGAAGAUGUUAACAACGCAAUAAACAGGUUAAUGGAGGAAGGUGAAGAGGGUGAAGGAAGAAGAAGGAGAGCAAGAGAGCUUGGGGAGAUGGCAAAGAGAUCGGUAGAAGAAGAUGGUUCUUCUUAUCUCAAUUUGACAAUGCUUAUCGAAGCUAUCAUGCAACAAGUUUGAGGCAAGGCGUCGAUUCCACACCGCAGAGAAAAAGGUUUUUUCCAUUAAUUUUAAAUGUAAGUUAAUGUUUGUUUUAUUUAUAAGGAAAUGAAAACAUUCCUUUUCCCCAAGCUUUUCGUCAUUUUCAGGCUUGUGUAUUUUUGUGUCGAUUUGAAGUAUUGUGAUCAACAUUAUGCUUUAGGUUUACAGUGCCUGCUAA